AUGGAGGCUCCAAGGCCCUCUGGCCGGGAGUGGUGCUCCUACUCGCUUCCCCUGGCUCUAGGGGGCGUUUUGAAACUGUGGCUCUGUGAGCUGUGGCUCCUGCUGUUGGGCUCGAGUGUGAACGGCACGUUCUUACCACAUGAAGAGGACGUAGACUUCAUCAAUGAGUACUUGGAGCUUCACAAUGAGAUCCGGGGCAACGUCGUCCCCCGAGGGGCCAACUUACGCUUCAUGACUUGGGAUGUAGCUUUAUCACGGACAGCUAGAGCAUGGGGAAAAAAAUGUGUGUUUCAGCGUAAUACUCACUUAGAAGACGUACAAAUGGCCCAUCCUACAUUUUAUGGUGUUGGUGAAAAUAUGUGGGUUGGCAAGGAAAAUGAUUUCACUGCAAGUAUUGCUAUCAACAGUUGGUAUGCAGAGAGGAAAAAUUAUAAUUUUGAAAAUGGCAGUAGCUCUGGAAACUGUUCUAAUUAUUUACAGCUAGUUUGGGACAGCUCUUACAAGGUUGGUUGUGCUGUUACUCCAUGUUCAAAGAUUGGAAAUAUUAUACAUGCUGCAAUUUUCAUAUGCAACUAUGCACCAGGAGCAACUCUGACAAGAAGGCCUUAUCAACCAGGAAUAUUUUGUACACAUUGUGGCCCUCGUGACAGAUGUACAGAUUUUCUAUGCAGUAAUGCAGAUCGUGACCAAGCUAUAUAUUACCAAUUUUGGUAUCCAAAGUGGGAAGUACCCCGGCCAAUUGUAUGCGAUCCACUGUGCAUAUUUAUUUUGUUACUGAGAAUACUAUGUUUUCUGCUAUGUGUUAUAAUUGUUUGGAUAGUACAGCCUUAUUUUCCAAAUAUUUUAUUGGAAAAGCAGAUGAGCGCUACCCCUGACCAAUCUGAAACAGAGGAAGAAGAGAACAAAGACAAAAAGAAGAAGGAGAAGGAGAAGGAGAAGGAGAAGGAGAAGGAGAAGGAGAAGGAGAAGGAGAAGGAGAAGGAGAAGGAGAAGGAGAAGGAGAAGGAGAAGGAGAAGGAGAAGAAGGACCUGGGGAAGGUCCCAUCCACAUCCCACAGUCCUAACGCCACAGAUAUUGUUGCCACAAGCCCCAGCAUCACUCAGCCUUGCCAACAGGAUAAGGGAACAGCCCCUUUUGAGUCCCUCAGUGUGAAGAAAGAGGCCCUAGCUAUCACACUUCCUAUUGUAACUGACACCCAACUCUCAGGACACUGA